UCCACCUCUAGCUAUUCGUUGUUGUUUUUUGUUGUGUUUAUCUACGAGUUUCUCCCAGCAUUUAAAGAAGAUAAAGCAUUAGUUAAAUAUACAUAGGGGUACUGCAUGGACCCAACGAAAAAGCCUCGACCACAUAAGCCACAACAUGUCUAUUUUCAAGGCGCGAGUCAAGGAAUUUGAGGAUGUUUUGGCGGCUCCACAGGAUGUGGUUGACUUGAAGCAACUACGGCAACUUGCAUUUAAUGGUGUGCCCGAUGUACAGAGUUUUCGAGCCCUCAGUUGGAAACUUCUAUUGGGUUAUUUGGGCCCCAAGCGCAGCAGUUGGACAUCGACUUUGGCUCAGAAGCGUGCCCUGUACAAGCAGUUCAUUGAGGAGCUAGUCCUGCCGCCUGGUCACUCGAUCAAUGGAGGUGGAGCAGACGAAGGUGACGGGGACAAAGUCAACUCGGUGGGCGUUGGCCUGCAAGAUCAUCCGCUAAGCGAGGGACCCGAAAGCCGAUGGAACACCUUCUUCAACGACAACGAGUUCCUGUUGCAGAUCGACAAGGAUGUGCGACGUCUGUGCCCGGACAUAUCCUUCUUCCAGCAACCCACGGAGUAUCCUUGUGAGAUUGUGGUCCACAGCAAGGGAGAACAUGGACGGAGGCUGCACGAACGAGUUGUUCCAACCGUGCUCAGCUCGGCGAAUGUUGAACGCAAGGGCCUGGGCAUGACCAAGAUAAACCUGAUCACUAAACGCUCUGUGGAGAACUAUGCCGCCAUGGAAGAGGGUCAGGAGGCCCACUGGGAGGUUGUGCAACGUAUUUUGUUCAUAUACGCCAAGCUCAAUCCCGGCCAGGGAUAUGUCCAGGGCAUGAACGAGAUCGUGGGACCCAUCUACUACGUAAUGGCCUCGGAUCCGGAUCUAUCAUAUCGUACCCACGCCGAGGCAGAUUGUUUCUUCUGUUUCACCGCACUGAUGAGCGAGAUCCGUGAUUUUUUCAUUAAAACUCUGGACGAUGCAGAAGGUGGCAUCAAGUUCAUGAUGGCCAGACUAUCGAAUAUGCUAAAAUCUAAGGACCUUAACAUAUACGAGCUGCUCAAGAGCCAGGAGCUGCAUCCACAGUACUACAGCUUUAGAUGGCUCACACUGCUCCUCUCGCAGGAGUUUCCACUGCCGGAUGUGCUGCGCAUUUGGGAUUCCGUGUUUGCGGAUGAGCAGCGCUUCGAUUUUCUCAUCAAAAUAUGCUGUUCCAUGAUAUUAAUCCAAAGAGAAGCCAUUUUGGAAAACGACUUUGCCUCGAAUGUGAAGCUGCUGCAAAACUAUCCACCCAUUGAUAUUAAUGUUGUGAUUACUCAUGCCGGGUCGUUGGCGUAGCAGACGUCCGAGAAAAUAUCCUAAUGCCCAAAUGCUUGCAAAGCACUAUAGUUAUCGAUGGCAAGAAAGAAUCAAGCAAUCAACUACAUUAUAGUUAGCCCCGAUCUUCGAAACGCACCUUUACAGGAAAUCUAAUAAAUAUACACGUAUCGUUACUUUUAUAUAUGACUUAUAAUUUGUAUGUCAUUAAUAAACGCAAUAAUUUUAA